AUGUCUGACGCAACCUUGGGCUUCACGCAGUAUAUGGCGAUCAAGAAUAGAGCCACCUACAACCCCGGAAUUAACGGCGUCAACGCCAUCUGUGACGUGGAUUUUUCGCAAUUCUUAUCCUUCCGCAACGUCCUCCUCUUGGUGAACGUCGCGAACCUUGCCUUGAUCAACAACAUCCAGCUCUCGCUCGAUUUCGUCGGUGCAUUGAGCGGCACGGCGGCGGUGUUGACCUGCCGCUUCAUCCUCGACUUAUUCGAAGCGAAUACGAGGGGGCGGUUCGGCACUGUCCCCACAUUAGAUCUCUCGGCCGCGCCCGGCGCGGGGCUCUCGCGCUCGCUCGUGUUCCGACACGCCGGCGGCAUCGGCGCGACCGGAGCCCCCCAGGGAAUCUUCGGCGCGGAUGUCAGUUGGCGCAGCACGGAUGAGAGCGAGAGCGACUGGAGUAAGAAAGACGACUUCAGCUUCGAGCUGCAGCCUAUGAACCCAGAACGACAGAUAUCGGAGACGCACCCUCUCAGAUCGGAGCCGUGA